AUGAGCUCUCAAGCUGCAGACACCCUGAACCCCUACACCUGCCGCUGGCGCUACUGCACAGAAGCGUUCUCCUCAUCAGCCGAACUACGAGACCACGUUAUGCGACACGUCGACGAGUCGGAGCCGCAAAGGCCGCAGCCUGUACCGACGCAGGGAGGCGAGGUCAGCGAGGAGGACCGGCCAGCACCUCACGGCGAGCAGAGCUUCCCUCAGUUGCGGGAAGGAGCGGUCCUGGAACCGGCGGACGGGCAGUAG